AAAAGGGGGGUUAAUUAGUUGGCUUUGGUUAGUUAUACUGUCUUAUUGCUAGCAGCCAAUGUUCCUCCUCUUUGUUCUCACGGUGGCGCUGGCUGUUGUGGCCACCACUUGUUGGCCCCAUCUACUCAACAAAUGGUGUCAGAGCCUCAGAAGAAGCUGCACCGAGGAAGUUGAAUGCGUGGUUUGCCUAAGCAAGGUAUCCAGAAGUGAAAAACUCCGGUCGCUGCCUACCUGUCGCCAUACCUAUCACCAUAGCUGCAUCGAGAAUUGGCUUAAAGUGCGUCCAACUUGCCCACUUUGCCGGAUUCAUGUUCCCCCUCGUCGCAACUUUCUCUUAACCCUUUUGCUUUAUCUUGUUCAGCGUAUUGGAAAAUGGCUGCAGAAAUACCCUCUAACCUCUGAGAUCCAGUCGGCAGUAUGGGAGAGUCUGGGUUAUAUUUCUUGAAGAGAAUUCUCUCGUCGCCGGCGGAAAUGUGACUCCGUUCACCGGAAUUGAAACCUGAAGUUGUCAUCUCUUUCUCCGGAGAUCAGAACUUGGCUCAGCUUCGAAAGCCUAGUUGGUUCCGGUCAAGCUCAACAUACAGACCUACCAACUGCUGCCUUUAACAAAUUUUCAUUGGCCUAGGCUUUUAGGCACUUUCUUCUUGACUUGGUUGUUUGUUCUUUUCUUUUUUUCAUUUUUUCAUUUUUUUUUGAAUCAUUUAUUGAUCUCCUUUUUUUAUCUGAUCUUGAUUUUUUUUAUAAAAAAUAUUAUUUUGAAAAAUGUAAAUUAGAAUGAUAUAUCUAUAUAUUUUUCAAUUUUUAGUAUUAGAUCUAUUGAUGUGUCAUUGACUGAAUCAAUUUGUCUGUGUACUUGAUCUAAUCAAGACAUCAAUAUUACUACGGAAAAUAUAAUUAGGAUAUUGUUUACACCUAUUUUUGCAAAAAAAUAGAGUGGUGCCAUGUGUCAUUCAUGUUAACAAGAAUUUCAUUGAUUGAAAGCAGUUUGAGUAAAUCUCUCUGGAUAAAGUUGAGUGGUUAUUUCCCACAACUACAGCAAAGCCGUUAGUUUGUUGCGAACUUCCAGAAGGAUAAUUAGCAACACAAAUAGACUAAUUUGUUUGUUUCAGAUAUCACGCUGCCAUUGGUUUUUCAAGAUUGCUCUGCAAAUCUCCAAGCAUGCUGCCAAGGGGUGUUUAUUGCUAUAAGUAUGUAGAGAAGAAACGAAGUGAAGAAGACCAGCCUCUCACACAACUAGCCCAGCGCUAUCUAAAUU